CAUCCCCUACCGACGAGAUCUCUGAACUACUUAUCUGAUUUAAACUUUUUCUAUCCUUAGAGUAAAAAAAACACUGAUUACGUACAUAUAUAUGGAUGAAACCCGCAAAUAUCCAAACCACAAAUUAAAUCCUCUUUAUUUGUUAAAGUUAUGCGUCGGAAAUGCUGAAUAAUUCCUGUUCACCUUUUAGAUCUAGCCGUUUAAAACGCACUUCUCAAUCUUGACCACAAGAUGGCGGCGUUCGCAGUUCUGGUCCAAUAAGGUGGGAUUUCACCCCCUCUUUCUUCUCAGCAUCAUCCUGCUCUCUCUUCCUAGGGAUGUAUCGGCGUGCCGUGCACCUGUUUCAUCUGUUGUUUGGGGUCUUCGGGCGGUGAAAUGCCCCGUUUUAACCCGUUUUGUCAGUAACCACACGAAAAGGCUUAACCGACCUCUUCGGUGGUAUCACAGCGGCUUUGAUACGGUGCCAUUUGGACAGCGGUGGAGGAUGUGUUGAUUUGUCUUUCCCGAGGUGCAGCAGUGAGACAGCAUCUUUGCCGGUGACACAUCGUUAUCACUACGAGUGGACGAGGAGAUUGCUCUCUUCAGUGUUCAGUAUUGACCCACUUAUCCCAGACACCUGGAGCUUCUACAGCUCAGACUGGGCCACUUCCCAGGUGGCAGUCGCUAGUAGCGUAAGCCCCGCAGGACACCAUGUCGGACAAAAGCGACCUAAAAGCUGAGCUUGAGCGCAAGAAGCAGCGCCUUGCCCAGAUCAGGGAGGAGAAGAAGAGGAAGGAGGAGGAGAGGAAGAAGAAAGAGGUAAGGAAAAAAACGGAAAGCCAGCAGAAGACCGAAGCGACCCCAGAAGAUUCAGAUUUAGAUCGCAAGCGUAGGGAGACUGAGGCCCUGCUGCAGAGUAUUGGAAUCUCACCAGAGCCUCCACUAGUCCCGACUCCUGUGUCCCCCUCCAAAUCAGUAAGCACACCCAGUGAGACGGGGAGCCAGGACUCGGCCGAUGGAGGAGCAGCAGGCAGGUCAGGUUUCUCUAAAAACAAGUCCCAAGCACAGACCUCAAGGACACUGCAGUGGGACACAGACCCCUCUGUGCUGCAGCUGCAGGCUGAUUCUGAGCUCGGGCGCAGGAUGCAAAGACUGGGGGCCUCUAAGAUCACACAAGUAGACUUCCUACCCAAAGAGGUCGUCUCUUACAGCAAGGAGACUCAGACACCAACCUGCACCCUGUCUGAAGUAGAGGAAGAAGAAGAAGAUGAAGAGUUGAUGGAAACGAAGCCGGGGCCAGAGUCGGAGCAACAGGAUGAGGACGACAACAGGGAAAGCAAAGAAGGCUCAUUUCCAGUGCUGCGGGAGCUGACCGAGGAGGAGAGGCAACAGAUCCUGCACUCCUCUGAGUUUCAGAGUUUUUUCGACUGCAGCAUCCGAGUGAUGGAGCGAGCUCUGGCUGAAGACAGCGAGAUCUUCUUCGAUUACAGUGGCCGAGACCUUGACGACAAAGAGGGAGACUUGGGCAGUGGCUCCAGUCUGUCCUUCAGUAGGCUCUUCUAUGACGAGCACUGGUCAAAACAUCGUGUGAUCACCUGCCUCGACUGGUCUCCUCAGUAUCCUGAGUUGCUGGUUGCCUCCUAUAACAAUAAUGAGGAUGCUCCACACGAACCAGAUGGCGUUGCUCUGGUGUGGAACAUCAAGUUUAAGAAGGCCACCCCAGAGUACAUCUUUCACUGUCAGUCUCCGGUGGUGUCUGUGGGCUUUGCCAGGUUUCAUCCCAACCUGGUGGUGGGGGGGACGUACUCAGGACAGAUAGUCCUGUGGGAUAAUCGCAGUCAUCGCCGGACCCCUGUCCAGAGGACCCCUCUGUCUGCUGCUGCACACACUCACCCAGUGUACUGCGUGAAUGUGGUCGGCACACAGAACGCCAACAACCUGAUCACCGUGUCCACAGAUGGCAGGAUGUGCUCCUGGAGUCUGGACAUGCUCUCCCAGCCUCAGGAGACCAUGGAACUGGUGUACAAUAAAUCCAAACCCGUGGCAGUGACAUGCAUGGCCUUCCCCACGGGAGACGUUAACAACUAUGUGGUCGGGAGCGAGGAGGGCACUGUGUACACUGCAUCCAGACAUGGCAGCAAGGCAGGUAUCUGUGAGAUGUUCGAGGGCCACCAGGGGCCCGUCACGGGCAUCAGCUGUCACAGCGCGGUGGGCACCGUCGACUUUUCCCACCUCUUUAUCACGUCCUCGUUCGACUGGACCGUCAAACUCUGGAGCACCAAGCACAACAAGCCUCUGUACUCGUUUGAAGACAACGCCGAUUAUGUGUAUGAUGUCAUGUGGUCGCCUGUGCACCCUGCCAUGUUUGCUGCCGUGGAUGGCAUGGGCCGCCUGGACCUGUGGAACCUCAACAAUGACACUGAGGGCCUGUUGCUGGACCUCAGCCCGAACCACACAACCAAACAUCCAAGACUUUUCCCUCCCAUCAACCCCUCCACCACCAGUCCUUCCACAUCCCUCCCAACACACACACAAUUCCAGAUUCCCCCGUGGGCGUUUCCCACAGACCUUGCUUUAAAUCAGACUUUGACAUCUCCUUAUCCCAGCUCCCACCCAGCCAUCCCGCUAACAUUUCUACAACCUCUCUCCAAUGUUCAGGGAACCUCAGGACCCCACAAACCCCGUCCCAUCAUCCUCCCACACAGUGUCCCUUCGAAGGGGAACACAGAUGUGCCGGAGACCACGAGCAAAGCCCCAACCCUCAGUCCACAGUUCCAUGAAAAUAAUAAUAAUAAAAAAAAGAAACUUCAGACCAGGGGUUGAGUUUCGCAAGGCUGUGGGGCAAGCAGUUAUUUUAAGAUGAGUGCAUUUAAGGCCACUGGAGGACACAUCAUAGUAUUAAACAGUUUGCAUGCAGUGUUAUACAGUGAGCAAAAUAAAAACACAACUUAUUUUUCUUUUAAAGGUCGCAUACGCUUACAAAAAGUGGAAUCAGGGGUUUUUUUUGUUUUGUGUUAACACACAUGUACAAAGAGAAACAGUGUAAAAGUAGGGACGCAUUGACUGAAAUUCUGGGCCAAUAUUGCCAUUGAUGUUUACAGAGCUUAUGGUUGGCAUAUAUUCUGGUACAGGUAAAUUGCAGAUUGAAGUCACCUGAGGUCUGUUUUCUUACCCCUCCCAAUUAAGUGCAUAAUCCUCACUCCGAUAUCUGAUAUAGGACAAACAUGUAUUAGUCAGCCAACAAACAUCAGAAACAUUCAAUUUGGACUGUAUGCGUUUAAUGGCUGGCGUUUUUCCACCAUGUUUCGGAUUCACCUUGGAGUCUUCCCCUAUCUGUGGAAUUCCAUUCAGUCAGUCCAUUGUUUACCUCAGCUGUCAGUGCCGGGUGAGAAGCCUCCAUCUUUAUUUACUCGGGAAGAUGCUGUAAAACUUUUUUGAAAGGAAUCCGAUAUGGGUCAGUGAAGCUCACUUCUGAAUGAUGACAAUGAUUCUGAGAUGAGCUGUUGAGGAUAUGCCAAAGUGUUGGUAGCGCUGCUGUUUUUGCUGCUGUUAGCUUGAUUCUAAUGCUUGAGGGAAAGUAAUCAAACUGUUUAUUAGAGGAAAAGUGUGAUUUUUAGGACACUUGAGCCUAACAUUAGCUGCGAUAAUGUUAGCUUAUAACCAGCUAUUGUUGUUGUCAGCUGUCCGGAGACGGGAGGGUCGCAUGUGUAAUCUGCUGACAAUAAGUAACUGGGAUAAUGUCAGGAAUAAAUCAGCCUAUUUAUGCACAUCUAGCGUGUAAGAGCCCCGAGUACAGUUCAGGAGAUGAGGCUUGAGAUGUUGGUAGCGUUGUCUCUUUCCUUUCCCUCCUUCUCUGAUAAUAAACCAUACGUAUGAUCCUUCAAAUCUUUACUCUGAAGAUGCAGGCACAAAUUCAAAUGUCCUUCCACGGACAUGAAUGGCCACGACUACUUCUUCUCCACAGCUUCCACAUAUGGAGUCAAUGUAUGUGGCCAGUCUCUAGCCACAUAUUUAUAACACUGUUAGUCAAAAGGGAGACGUCCUUCCCAGCUACUGUAUUCAAAUAUGAUGGGGGAACAUGGCGGUUUCCACAAUCCGCAAACCCACUCCUUUGUAUUUUUAAUGGAUUAAUUAUAAGUUUCUGAGCAUUAGUUUGUUGGAAGAUGUAAUUACAAACUAUUCUAUGUAUAUUUCAGAGUACAGUGUCCCUUUUUCCUUAUUAUGUAACAUCGCAAAUUUACCCACUGUACCUUUAAUCUAAGCUAUCUGUCAUGGCUGCAGCCUCAUAUUUAAUGGACAGAUGAGCAUCAAACUGUCGAGCUAAGAAGCAGAAUCCACAUAUCUUAAAAUCAUACUUUGUUACAACUCUGGGAGCAGAGUGGGCACCAAACCUUUGAUCACUCGGGUAAAAGUAGAGAUAAAAGGAUCCUCCUUUCUCCUUCUCUUUUGGUUUCCAUGGAGACAACACCUGCAGAUACUCUCCAUCCUCUCUCAUAAUGUUCUUUCGCUCUCAGCGUCUCAUUUUCUUCAGUCUACGUACAUAAAUAAAAUUGGAUUUGGUGUCACAUCUCUUCAUCUGCUAAGCCCGUCACUCUCAGCCACUGGAUCCAUCGGUAGCUGAGAGUCCUCCCUCUCUCUGCAGCGCAGAUGACAAGUUUCCCAGGGUUCCCUCAACAGCAGCCUUUUCACAGACAGAGGAAGAGUUCAUUAUCGGCGGCCUAACUCGACUAACAAUGUGCUUUAUGAGAAACAUUUGCUCAGACACACACACACAGGCGGAUGUAUCGAACACAUGCGCACACACUGCCUCGCGCGCAGUCUAAUAGCAACAGGCUUCCAUUGUUACCGUCAUAUUAAAAACACACAGUCAUAACGACAUUAACAGAGCUUGCGCGGUGCGCCUGGUUCUCAUUUCCAGUGCGCACACGUACGCGCACACAUGCACAACCAAUUUAGAUCGCUCAGUUCGGAUCCACCCGUGCAGCAUGCGGUUAGCGCUGCUUUUAAAUACGCAGAAGCUCGGUGUGUGAGGCGACAUGAUGCCAAGGCCUCUGUCUCCACCGGUGACAUAUGUCAGACUCGCCUGCCGCAUGUCAGGAGCAGUUCAUGUAGACUGCGCACGUGGCUUCAGGGGGUUCUGAAGGUGCAGCGUGAGCACUGCUGUUCACCCACAACAGCAAAGUGAGUUAUUACACUGUAAAUAUCCUGUUGUGUCUACAAGUUGUAAUUUGACAGCUUUGUUUUUCUUACCGUCUCGUAUAGCUGGAUAAAGUGGCCCUUUAUAAAUAGUAAAUUUGCUAAAUUAGACCAUAAUGGUAUAAUGCUUCCAUUUACCAAUAAACUAUAAAGGGAAUAGUUUAAACAGCGAUUAUGGUCGUAAAAAAUGAGGACCGAGAGGCAUGAUUUAUGCCUAAAUGUUUACUUCACUGUAUUUUCCUUUAAAAUCAAAGGAAUAUGAGAGGAAUUUAAGACUAAAUUACAAAGUCACUCAUUGACUUUUUUUCUUUUUUGAGGAAUAAAAUUCCCAAACACAAACAGCAGCUGUAACAGAAGCUGUUUGCUAAGUGCUCUGUUUAACACUCACGUUUCCAUAUUGCUGUUUAUUUGUUUCCUGUUGGUUCGACCUGUUCCUUACCACAAAAGCACGAUCCGAUAUCCCCGUGCUGGUGUCGAUCCUGGAUCAUCAAAACGAAUGUUGGUCCAAAGUUCAACAUUGCAACUGACCAAUCACAUUGUGAUGUCAGAGUUCACCAGCACACCAAACCCUCACCCUAACCGCAAUCAUAUCCUAACCUGACCUUAACCACCUCCUUUUAAAAAAAAUUUUCCUGAGUGAACAUCGGGAGGUUUUGGUCGCUUGCAGUGUUGAACCUGGAGCAACAUUAAUUUUGAUGAUCAGGAACAUAACCAAGACCAACUCGGGUAUAACAGACACACCUACGCGUUACACACCACAUUUUACACUCAGUUAUCCGUGAACUGUUUGAUUUGU